AUGCCCCACACUGUUUGCACAGACUUUCUGUCCUUUGUCCUGUCCUUCUCGACAACACACAAACAUUUCUUCUUUCAACAUCACCCAGUACUCGACACAACAAUGGCGACAACCAUCACCGCAGCGAGCAUCCUGCUCAACUCGCCGCACAUCGUCGACAUGAUCGUGUCCCACGCGACACGUCCCGACCUCGUGUCGUAUAUGCGCGUGAGCCAGCUCCACGCUGCAGCCGGCAGGUUGCUGUACCACACCGUGCGCGUGAUCAAGGGCAACCUCGCGUCCUUCUUCCGCGGUGCGCUCGUCAGCACAGGGGUGAGCGAGGAGUCUCAGUGCAAGCGCGCCGCCGAGGCCGCGGACAAUGACCAGCCGCGCGCACACCGUAAUUUCAAGGCACCGCUGCUCGCGCACACACGCGUCCUGUCCCUCGGCUCGCACCACACGUGCGUGUGCGACCUGUACGGGCCGCACGCCGCGUCUCUCCUGCGCAACCUCGACACGCUGCGCAUCGUCCCGACCUCCGUCUCCCGGCGCAAGCUCGAGCCGCUGUGCGACUACGAGGCGAUAUGCGCGCUGUUCCACCACCUCACGCCGCGCAAGCUCGUCCUCCGCAAUAUCGACGGCACGAUGUGGCACCGGUACUCGUGGCCCCUGGGCGACUGGAACGCCGCGCGCCUGCAAGAGGUGGUCUGGGUCCUGCCCUCCAACGGGCGCGUGUACCCCGACGGAGAGCUGAUGGACAGCGGGGAGCGCUUCGCCACGCCAGGCGUGACUCGCGUCAAGGUCAUCUUUCAUAAUGGCUGGGAGGUGUGGCCGGCGGGAGAGCGCCAGCGGCGGUUGACCAAGCACGCUAGCACGCUCGUCAUUCCCGAGGACGUAGUAUACCCCCUGGCCGAGAUUUGUAAGCGGACCGACAUCCACACGACAGUCUACGGCCUCGAGACGUUCACUUUCCACGCCGGCGACAGCGAGAUGGCGGAAGACUUCGAGGAGAGGUUUCCCGGCGAACCCCUCGACAACGAGUUGCUGCGCGAGCUCGUGCGCGCCGAGCUCCGGGUGGGUGCGGCACGCGAUUUAAUCGAGACGGAUGAGUACGACGGAGACGACGAGGACGAGGAGGAGGAGGACGACGACGAUGAAGACGAAGACGAGGGCAACGAUAACGAAGACGAGGACAACGAUAACGACGACGACGACGAUGACGGCUGCAAUGACGACUUCUUCUUAAAGGACAUAGAAGAGCAUAUCGAGUACCACACGGCGGCGGAGUACGCUGCACUGCCGGAACACGAGCGCCUGUACGAGCUCCACGAUGGGCUGGUGCAACACUCGGCGGCGUAG